GUGUUAGGAGCUUUUUAUUAAGUCUGAGGGCUACAAAACUGAUUCAGUUUCCUACUCUGAGCUCGACUGCCGCAGUCUCUGUGCCAUCAUGUCAAAUUCUACACCAAAUCGGGAGGUGUGCGCCUUCUGUCAACAAGGGGAGCAGAAUAAGAAGACUGGAGACUUGCUACAGACCAGUGAUGGUGAAGUAACAGCCCAUUAUUACUGCAUGCUCUUUUCGCCCAACGUGAUAACAACAAGUUCACCUGAUGAGGAGUUUGGUGGCUUUGAUAGAAGAACUGUAGAAAACGAAAUUAAACGUGGAAGAAAAAUGAAAUGCAGCAGCUGUAACAAAGUCGGAGGAACUAUUGGCUGUAAUAAAAAAUCUUGCCGAAAAACCUAUCAUUAUAUGUGUGCUGAGACGAAUGGUGCAUUAAUUAUUGAAAAUCAGGAAGAAGAAAACUAUAUAAUUUACUGUACAAAACACCGAAAAGGAGACAAGCAGGAUGAUCAGUACAGCUCAGAUAGCACUGAUCCCAGCCCAUCUUCAAGGCAUUCUGAUGCAUCCAACAUACAACAGAAGCGGAGGGACCCUGAGAAUAAAACUCCAAGGUGCAAAAGACGUCUAAUCUCUUUAGAGUUGCCAAUGUGUAACGACAUGACUCCCUCUCCAGGCAGAGACAAGCAGGGGGAUGAUCAGUACAGCUCAGAUAGCACUGAUCCCGGCCCACCUUCAAGGAUUUCUGAUGCAUCCAACAUACAACAGAAACAGAGGGACCCUGAGGAUACCACUCCAAGGUGCAAAAGACAUCUAAUCUCUUCAGAGUUGCCAAGGUGUGAUGGCAGGACUCCCUCUCCAGGCAAACGUCCUAUUAAUGAAGAUCAGGAUGCAGACAAUGUCACAUCAGAAAUUCCACAUUUUGAGCAGUCUGAAGGGCUGCAUGUCGGAGACAGACCAGGUGAGCACAAUGCUAUUGCUGUCAGUACAGAAGGUAACUCAGCAGAUGAUUCCUAUGCCAAAAGAGCCAAGCUAGCACGUAACUGCUUAGCUGAGGUUCCCAAAUGCUCUGCUUAUGCAAAAAACUGCUCUAAUAGCAAAUCUUUACUAAAUUCAUGCCGUGCAAGCUCCCCCAUUGAACAAAGCACAUCAGUAGUACAAAACAGAAAUUCCACCAAUGAAAAUAACAUUACAGUGGCACAACAUAGAAACGCAUCUAGUGGAGACCUACAAUCAAAAACACAGUUUGUCACAAGCUCCCAAACUGGUGGUGCAUCUCGGCCUGUGGUACCAAACUGUCUGAAAGAUUUACCAGUAUCAAAAACACCAAAAGUCAAAGUAGCGCAACAAACAAUCAUUCCAGAUGCAGAAAUCACCCCGGGGGAGCAAGUUAUGGGUGAAAUGACUGCAGUUCUACCAUCGGCCCUUCCUGGUGUACAAACCCAAUCAGCAGAGCCAAGUGAGAACAUUCAUGGAAUGAACAGCAGACUGUGUGAGCAACCAGUGAUUGUUCCUGGAGAAGGCAGCAAACCCACAAAACACAUUAGAACAAAUGACAUAAACAUGGAGCAUUCUAUGAGCAUUUCUGACUGUACUGCCACCUUAGAAAGGAGCUCUGAAGGUUUCUCUGAAAGUAACAGUGCAUCAGCAGAGGAGGACAUGCACUAUGUUGAAGUAAUAUGUAUACCAAUGUCACAAGAGAGCACCGCUGCAAAAGAUUGCACAAAUGUGAAAAUAUCAUCAGAAGUGGAGGCUUCCUGCUCAUUUAAAGCAAAUAAAAAAAAUGACACUUACCCAGCAAAUUCUGUACUAACUGGGGUUCCUGGAGUCAGCACAGUACGUGAUACAGAAAAACAAGAAGGGCCAUUUGCAAACAUUGAUUAUUCUUCAAAACUUAAAGUCUUCAGUGAAUUUGUAAGGAUUAAAGACCAGAUAAAUACAGGUGCUGCCAAACAAUUCUGGACUAUGUGCCAAGAAAACCAAUGCUGCAAACCUUUGCUGGAAAUGAUUGAGAGCUCGGUAAGAUCAGUCACUCAGAAAGUCCUUAACAGAGAGGCUGAAAAUGAGGAUUAUGAGACAGCAUUUAGAUACCUGUGCGCAAGCAGAAAAAUGGAAAGUGUCUUUGUACAAGAAAUUGAAGAAAUAAUCCAGGCUCUUAACAAAGCUAAAGAACUUCUGCAAGCAGUGACACCUUGCUGAAUAAACAGGAAAUCAAUAUGAUGGGGAAAUGAAACCAUCACCAGGCACAUAAAGUGGUUGCGACAGUUCCUUCCUAAAUUCUAUGAACUGCCCUUUUGUGUUUUUUGUGGUUGUACAUUUGCACACGCACAUUGCCCCAUACCCCCCCAGAUUUUUUAUACUACUUAAUUCCUUGAUACUGAUAUUUUCGGAAGCAUGGGUUUUUACAGAAAUAUUACAGUCAUGAAGCAAAAUAUGUUAUUUUCUUUGACAAUUAAAUUGUAUUGGUUUGGUGCAAUUUGUCUGAAUAAUGACAUGUUGCAAUGUUGA